AUGGGGGGUCUUUAUAGGGACAGUCUAGAAGCAUUUAUAGGGACUGUGUGGAAGCAUUGAGAGGAGCGCACUAGUAGUACAGGAGCAGCGGCAGCAACAGCAGACCGGAGGCUCUGCCUGGUGGCUCUGUGUGUGUGUGCUGCCGCUCUGAUCGGCAACACACAACAGCAGACACAGCAGCCACAGCAGCAGAAGCGGCAGCCUGCACUGCCCCCACACACAAGAUUCUGACCACCGUGUCUUCUGUCAUCCUCUCACCCAUGAAAGCAUCAUCCAUCACAUCCACUCCUUCGUUUACCUCCUUUCCUUUCUUGUAGCCUGUGACUUCUCUCUCUUCUCUCUCUUUCUUAUCUCCCCCAUAAAGGAACGCCUUAGUUCGUCAAUUGGGUAUCACUAAAAAAAGUCUCAAAUCGUCUCCAGAUUGAGAAAUCUGGUCGACCUCUCUCUCUUAUCUCCCCGUAAAGGAACGCCUUAGUAGUUCUUCAAUUGGGUAUCACUGAAAAGUCUCAAAUCGUCUCCUGAUUGAGAUCAGGACUGGGUUUUGAUUUCAAUGAUGAAGAAAGUCAUGUGCUCUAGCAACACCGUCUCUUGUGCUUUUUAGGAGGAGGAAGAAGACAUGCAAGAAGGUGGCGUAGCCAUGGUGAAGCAGCAGGCGGGGGAGAAGAAGGUUGGGCCGCUGCGGCCGCCGGAGGAGGCCCUGCGAUGCCCACGCUGCGACUCUCUGAACACCAAGUUCUGCUACUACAACAAUUACAGCCUCGCCCAGCCCAGGCACUUCUGCAAGACCUGCAGGCGCUACUGGACCAAAGGCGGCGCUCUCAGGAACGUCCCCAUAGGAGGAGGCUGCCGAAAGAACAAGAGGAGCGGCAACAAGGUCUCUUCCUCCUCCUCCCAGAGAAGCCUCAGCGAGGACGACGGAAAGAAGUAUCAUGGUGCUGCUGGUGGUGGCGGUGGCAUCACCUCCCCUAUAACGUCAAUGAUAACGCCGACAGACCUAGUCUCAAGCAGCACUCUUAAGCUGCUCCAUUGUCUACCAUCUUCUCCUUCUGCUUCCUUGGAUUUUCAUGUCGGUGGGUCGCCUUUCUCUAGGCUUCAACCGGCUGCUACGAACCACUUUUUCUCUUUUUCUGCCUCUUCCAGCGCAGCUGCUACUGUCAAUUCUUCUGGUUAUGGCUACCCUCUAUCUGGUGCAGUAAGAAAUGGCGAGGGUAUUGGGCUAUGUGGGUAUUCUAGCAGUGGAUUUGGUGAGACGAGCAGUCAACAGAAUACUCAUAGUAGCAUGGCAGCUUCCAUUGAGUCAUUGAGCACAAUCAAUGCAGAUCUCCAUUGGAAGCUGCAGCAGCAGAGGCUGGCCAUGCUUCUGGGAGGGGGAGACUACAAGGGGAUAAGUACGGAUAUGGGUGUUUCAGGGGUUGAUUCCCAUCAAGGGUUUGAUCAACAACAAGCACAAAUCUGCCUUCAAAUGCCCAACAGCAUAAAAGCUGAUGGAGUUUGCAGUUUCAGCAGCAACAGGAGAGGCAAUGCUCAGGACUUUUGUCAACCAAGGGAGGCAACAAACGAAUGGGUUUUUGAGAAUUCAUGGUCUGAUUUGCACCAUUACAGUUCAUUGCCUUAGAAGUUAGAAAGGAAUGCAACCAAAUGGUACUGAAACAUGAGCCAGAGAAGCAAAUGAAGAAGAAAGAAAGCAGAAAAGUAUGACAGUUCGUGGGAAAGGAAAAGAAGGUGGAAGUAGGAAUUUCUCAAUGCGUACGCAUGUUACCUUGUCUGCUUUUGCCCUACUCUUCUAAAUUCCUUUUGUUUUCUUCUAUCUCGUUCUCUUGUUAUUUUUUCUUUUUUUCUCCUUUGUGUCGGUUGUAGGAUGAAAGGUUCAAUGGGGAGUAUGGAUAGCAUCAUAGCAAUCAUAUUCUUAAAGAUGCCUUUAUUUUCUUCCUGUUGCUAGGCGAUUAUAUACGCUUUUUCUUUUUUCCUCUUAUAUGUAUUGUUGUGGAUAAUAUCAAUAAAGAAGAAAUUUGUUUUA